GCUAAAGCUGAAGCUGGCCAACUGCCAAGUAAACAUCCAUCAUAUUGUCGUUCCUAAAAAGAUCUACGUCUUAGCUUGCUUACAAGAUACCCAAUUGUUUGUAUAAGCCUUUUCUAUAGCGUUAAGCUGCAUUCUCUAUUAUACAUUAUACAUACAAUAUACAUAUACUACAAGCAACCAGUAACAAAUCCUUUUUAAAGCUUCAUUAGCUUAGGUACCUACCCAAGAUAGUAACACCCCCUAUUAAAUGCAGCAGCAACUACCCCUAAGUUUGACUUGAGCCACAUAUUCCUAUAUUCCUUCAUCGCAAUACCCCAUUAGUUAUAGACUUGGGUAACUGCCACUCCUCUAUAUUACCCUAUAUUACCUACUAUAAAUACCUAUAGCUAUACUAUAAUCCUAUUUCCUACCCUAUGAGUUCCUUCAACGCAGCCAAUAACCUCUCCGGAACCGAAACCCUCCAUAUCCAUCUUAAAAUCACACAAUACAAAGAGGAAACCAGCCCUCCUCUGUCUAUGUCCCUCCCUCCAGCAACCACGCCGGUACCCCAACCCGUCUUUAUGCCCGGUAUGUCUCACGCCGCGGAAUCUCCGGCCCCGGCCCCGGCUCCGGCGCCGUCCGCCAUUCCCACGCGACCAAAGGGCGACGAGACAACGGACGACAAGAACCAGGACGUCUCUUCUUCCGCCAUCGAGCUCCCGCGCCUACGUCUACAUGUCCAAGACAUCGCACACCAGGGUUCCUCGAUAUUCCUCUCCUCCGUGAACGCCGCCACCGUGUUACGCAGCAGCAUCGACUCCAUCCACAAGCAGCUGUACUCCCAAUCCCCUUCUUCGCCUCCGCCAACGCGCUCCGUAACCCUCAUCCUACGAGACAUGGACGGCGUAGCCUACACAACCGGUUCGGACUUGGACCCGGACCACAAAGAAAUCCACUUCUCGCUCCGGUACAUCUCCUCCAUCUCCCCGUCGUCCCGGCAAACCGCCGAGAUCCACGGUGUCCUGCUGCACGAGCUCGUCCACUGCUAUCAGUGGAACGGACAGGGUCGGGCACCAGGGGGCCUGAUUGAAGGCGUAGCCGAUUGGGUGCGCUUGCAAUCCGAUCUCGCGCCGCCGCACUGGAGCCGGGAGCAGAUCCCCGCGAAAUGGGACGUCGGAUACCAGGGCACGGCAUAUUUCCUAGAAUACCUCGAAGACCGGUUCGGUAAGGGGACUAUACGCCGGAUGAAUGAGAAGCUGCGGAAGGAAAGGUACGAAGAGAAGGCGUUCUGGACUGAGCUAGUUGGGGGACCGGUAGAGCAGUUGUUUGAGGAUUAUAAGAAGACAUUACUAAAGGGCGAGUAGAAGGAUUAAGAAAGUCUGGCAACCACUAAAUAUCACGAGGGUUGUAAGGGUAGAGAAUGCCGAUAGAAAGAUGACUAGAAUGCCCUAGGUUAGAGACUGAGCGUAAG